UGAGGAGAGAGAUACCUACAACAUUGUGGUGAGUGUUACAGUUCUUCAUGUUCCUGAUGAGAAGUACCGUCUCUCUGCGAGGAUCCUGUUCCAUGUCCUGCUCACUGCUGAUGGAAACAUGUUCGACCUGAAGCCGCUCUUCAUGUCCACGGACGGUGUGAGCUCCAGCUCUACUGAGGAAGAGGCACAGCCACGGGAAGCAGAAGUGGAAGAUGAAGAGGCGGAGUCAGAUGAAGAGGGGGCGUGGUCAGGAGCUUUAAGGCGGGACUGUGUUGUGUGUCAGAAUGCAGCGGUGAACCGUGUGUUAUUACCGUGUCGUCACGCGUGUGUGUGUGAUGAGUGUGUGUGGAGGUUUCAGCACUGCCCCAUGUGCCGAGCCUUCGUCUGCGAGUCCUUCACCCUGUCUCCGCCCACAGCCACGCCCCCUGGUCAUGAGGGGUGGAGCUUAUAACCAACAAUGCCCGGAGUCUCCCCCACAUCUGUCUAUGACUCACUCUUGAUGCAGGUCAUGAUGCCUCGCUCACUAACACAUAAUACAUUACUGCUAAAUUCAAACCCCCAAGAGAGAAAAAUGAACAAACACCAACACAGUGAUUCACGUUUAUUAUUAUAUUUAUAAAAUAUCAGUUUUUCUGCUCGUAUCAUUUUAUUUUGUUGUAUUUAUCCUCCACACAUUAAAGACUGGUCUGAGGUGCAGAAAAGGUUGUAGAUCACUGCUCUAAACUGUUCAUUUCUUUAUAACGGGGUAAAUUUACCCCAGCAGGUGAUCAAAUAAUUAUUUCCCCACUGUAUAAACAUGAAAAUGCACAAUUACAGGUGUUAUUUAUUUAACAGUUUAAUAAACAAGAAUUUAUAUUA